UGGUACAAGCUGUCCAUUACGGCCACGUGACGGGGGUUUUAAUCCUGCCUGUCCUCGCGCUCGGAGCGGCGUCGCGUUGCCGGAGAUACAGUGAGUCUAGAUCGUCGGUGCAUAUCUCGUGGGACCGAUGUGGGAGCGCUGACGGCGCGCGCUACUCAGCAUCUCAAGCAUACACACACACACACACACACACACACACACAGAGCUCUCUGUGGACAGGGCUCCUCGGACGUGGACGAUGAUCUCCCCGUGGGACCGCUGGGUCUCCACCAGCUGCUGCCUCUGCUGCCAUGUCCGAACCGGGACCAUCAUCCUGGGGGUCUGGUACAUGCUCAUCAAUGCCGUGGUGCUGCUCGUCCUGCUCUUGGCCCUCGGUGAUCCGGAACAGUACCACCUGACCUGCACUAAUCUGUCCAAUGACCCCGACAUCACGGAUGAUGCCAAUGUGUGCAUCGCUGCAGCAAUCUCCCUGCUGAUGAUAUUCGUCUGUGGCAUGGCCACAUAUGGAGCUUCUAAGCAACACGCUACCUGGAUAAUUCCUUUCUUCUGCUACCAAUUAUUUGACUUGGUCAUGAACACCCUGGUGGCAGCCAGCGUGGCGGUCUACCCCAGCACCGUCCAGGACUACGUCCGUCACCUGCCGGAGAACUUCCCGUACAAAGAGGAGAUCUUGUCCGUGAACAGAGUGUGCCUGGCGAUCAUCGUACUGCUCUUCAUCGGCUGCAUCCUGGCCUUCAAGGCUUACCUCCUUGCCUGCGUGUGGAAUUGCUACAAAUAUGUAAGUGGACGAAGGAACACUGAGGUACUGGUGUAUGUCACCACCAACGACACCACGGUGCUGCUGCCCCCGUACGAUGAGGCCAUGAGUGCAUCGCCCAAGCAGCCCCCACCGCCCUACACCCCAGCAUGAGGGAGCCCCCCCCCAACCCCCCCCGGGCACGCCGACGCGUCCUCUCCGUUGCUGCGUCCGUCUUCCGUGAAUCCGCCCCCAACUCUCUCUUCAUAUUCAUCCAAUUAUCCAAAAAGGCAUCAUCAUAUGUUUUAAAUGCUGUCUUAUUUACAUUUUCAGCAACAUUUUAUUAAUUGUACUGUGUAAGUAUUAAAUUCAGGUCUGGAUCUCAUUAAAGCAGGUUGUACAUUAAAAAGCAAUAAAUCUUUUUUCGGUUGGGAAAAAACAUUGUUGCAGGUGUUCUGUUGCCAGACGAAUGUAAAAGUAAUGUGGUACAAAAUAAGUACUUUAAACUGAUGCUGGUCACCGAAUGCUCACUGAUUCUGGGUCAAUAAACCAAAUCAUUUAUUA